AGCCUGGCCCAGUCACUUCUCCUUCUGCUAGCAAUGUGACAAUGACUUCCAUGAAUCUUUGCUGGGGUGCACCAGUAGGAGGAAACGUCUCCUAUGGCGUCAAUUACUCAAGAAAUGGACAAAGCACACAACUUGUUACCAGUAAAACGUGCAUUAAUGUGACGAGGCUCAAAUCUGCAACCUCCUAUUCAUUCUUUGUGUUUGCAGUUGCUGGAGAUAACAUGACAGUGGGUGAUUCAGUUACCAUCACAGCAUUUACAAAGCCUGGCCCUAUCACUUCUCCUUCUGCUAGCAAUGUGACAACAACUUCCAUUAGUCUUUGCUGGGUUGCACCAGUGGGAGGAAACGUCUCCUAUGGCGUCAAUUUCUCUACCAAUGGACAAAGCACACGACUUGUUACCAAUAACACCUGCAUUAAUGUGACGGGGCUCAACUCUGCAACCUCCUAUUUAUUCUUUGUGUUUGCAGUCGCUGGAGAUAACAUGACAGUGGGUGAUUCAGUUACCAUCACAGCAUUUACAAAGCCUGGCCCUAUCACUUCUCCUUCUGCUAGCAAUGUGACAACAACUUCCAUUCGUCUUUGCUGGGUUGCACCAGUGGGAGGAAAUGUCUCCUACGGCGUCAAUUUCUCAACAAACGGACAAAGCACACAACUUGUUACCAAUUACACGUGCAUUAAUGUGACAGGGCUCAACUCUUCCACCUCCUAUUCAUUCUUUGUGUUUGUAGUCACUGGAGAUAACGUGACAGUGGGUGAUUCAGUUACCAUCACAGCAUUUACAAUUGCUGGAGAUAACAUGACACUGGGUGAUUCAGUUACCAUCACAGCAUUUACAAUCGCUGGAGAUAACAUGACAGUGGGUGAUUUGGUUACCAUCCUAGCAUUUACAAUCACUGGAGAUAACAUGACAGUUGGUGAUUCAGUUACCAUCACAGCAUUUACAAUUGCUGGAGAUAACAUGACACUGGGUGAUUCAGUUACCAUCACAGCAUUUACAAUCGCUGGAGAUAACAUAACAGUGGGUGAUUCAGUUACCAUCACAGCAUUUACAAAGCCUGGCCCUAUCACUUCUCCUUCUGCUAGCAAUGUGACAACAACUUCCAUGAGUCUUUGCUGGGUUGCACCAGUGGGAGGAAAUGUCUCCUACGUCGUCAAUUUCUUAACAAACGGACAAAUCACACGACUUGUUACCAAUAACACGUGCAUUAAUGUGAAGGGGCUCAACUCUGCAACCUCCUAUUCAUUCUUCGUGUUUGCAGUCGCUGGAGAUAACAUGACAGUGGGUGAUUCUGUUACCAUCACAGCAUUUACAAGUGAGUAA